GCCGGGUCGCUUGGGGCUGGAGCUGCGCGCGGGAGGUUCGUAGCCGGCGGCGGGCGGCCAUGGAGGACUACGAGCGGGAGCUGUACGGCGUCGAGGACGACUUCCACAGCCAGUUCGCGGCCGAGCUCGAGGUGCUGGCCGAGCUGGAAGGGACAACCGCCAUGUCACCUUCCAGGGACCCCUGGCCCACCGUGGGUCGGCCCCGCCUGACAUUCGAGGAGACCAUUGCUGGAGGGAACGCUGCCACUCACUGCUCUCCAGGCGGACCUCCAAGGAACAGCAAGGGCGGUGCCAGGAAGAGGCAGCUGGCCGCUGACAUCCAUGGGGACAGACCCCUGCCCCUUACCCCCAAAGUCAAACGAUCCAGGCUGGAAGCUGCCAGGAGACUGAACUUCAGGUCCGAUGAGAUGGAAGAGCUGCUGCCUCCUGACUCCCCCACUCAGGACAUCACCCCCCCACCGAGUCCUGAGGUCCCUGCUGAGCUGUGGGGCAAAGGGCCCUUGGACACCGGGGCUGAUGUGGCUCUCACUAGGGCCUCGCCAGCUGCCCGCAAUCCUGUCCUGAGGCGGCCCCCUGUCUUGGAGGACUACAUCAAUGUGACCUCCACGGGCGGCGACCGGGCCUUUCUGGUGCUUCGGGCUGACCCAGUGGGCACUGGGGUCCAGAGCCCUCUUCUUGACAUCCGCUGGCGUGGCCGUGGCCAGCUGGACCUGCUGGGCGUGUCCUUUGCCUCCCUGAAGGAGAAGAUCGACAGCGAGCGGCGGCAGCAACUGCUGGACGAGGCCCAGCGGCUCUCGGACACACUGUGCAGUCUUAGGUCAGAGGAAGUGGAGGAGGGGCCCCAGCCCUCGGGGGCCCCUGAGGAGGAGCCGGCUGACAGCCAAGAUGCCUCCCAGCAUUGCCUCUGGGUGGAUGAGUUCGCACCCCAACGCUAUACGGAGCUGCUCAGUGACGAUUUCACCAACCGCUGCCUCCUCAAGUGGCUGAAGCUGUGGGACUUGGUGGUGUUUGGCCGAGAGCGGCCCACCCGGAAGCCCAGACCUAGUGUGGAACCGGCCCGUGGUGGCAAGGAGGCCACAGCCUCCAGCAAGUGGAAAAGCCACGGACAGGUGCUAGAGGAGAUGCUGGAGGCUGAGCUGGAUCCAAGCGGGCGGCCCCGGCAGAAGGUGGCGCUGCUGUGUGGGCCCCCAGGGCUGGGCAAGACCACUCUGGCCCACGUGAUUGCGCGGCAUGCUGGGUACUCUGUGGUGGAGAUGAACGCGAGUGAUGACCGCAGCCCUGAGGCCUUCCGAACGCGCAUUGAGGCAGCCACGCAGAUGGAGUCGGUGUUGGGCACUGGUGGGAGGCCCAACUGCCUGGUUAUCGAUGAGAUCGACGGGGCCCCCACGGCCGCCAUCAAUGUUCUUCUGAGCGUCUUGGACCGCCAGGGCCCACAGGAGGCAGAUCCAGGGGGCCCCGCUGUGCCCACGGGCGGGGGGCGGCGGCGCCGGGCGGAAAGGGGGAUCCUGAUGAGGCCCAUCAUCUGCAUCUGCAAUGACCAGUUCGCGCCCUCCCUUCGGCAGCUGAAGCAGCAGGCGCUCCUGCUCCACUUCCCGCCCACGCUGCCCUCCAGGCUCACGCAGCGGCUCCAGGAGAUCUCCCUGCGGCGGGGCAUGCGGGCCGACCCUGGCGCACUGGCGGCCCUCUGCGAGAAGACAGACAACGACAUCCGCGCCUGCAUCAAUGCCCUGCAGUUCCUGCAUGGGCGGGGCCAGCGGGAGCUGAGCGUUCAGGCUGUGCAGACCACACGCAUUGGCCUCAAGGACCAGCGCAAGGGACUCUUCUCCGUGUGGCAGGAGGUCUUCCAGCUGCCCCAGGCCCAGAGGCGCCGCGUGGGUCAGGACCCAACCCUGCCCACCCACACACUCCUGCUCGGUGAUGGGCACAUGGGCUCAGGGCCCCUCGCUGCCAAGGUGCCCCUGACCACGGCCUCUCAGCGGUUCUACCACAUCUUGCAUGUGGCCGCUUCUGCGGGUGAGCACGAAAAGGUGGUCCAGGGCCUGUUCGACAACUUCUUGCGGCUGAGGCUGCGGGACUCCAGCAUGGCGGCCGUGUGCAUAGCCCUUGACUGGCUGGCCUUCGACGACCUGCUGGGCCGGGCCGCCCACCACGGCCAGAGCUUCCAGCUGCUGCGCUACCUGCCCUUCCUGCCCCCGGCCUUCCACCUGCUCUUUGCUUCCAGCCACGUGCCGAGGAUCACCUUUCCCAGCAGCCAGCAGGAGGCCCAGAAUCGGAUGAGCCGGACACACAACCUGAUCCAGACGCUGGUGUCGGGCAUCACGCCAGCCACCCGCAGCCGGGCUGCACCGCAGGCGCUCAUCCUGGACACCCUCUGCUUGCUCCUGGACAUCCUCGCACCCAAGCUGCGCCCCGUGAGCACACAGCUGUACAGCUCCCGAGAGAAACAGCAGCUGGCCAGCCUCGUGGGCACCAUGCUCGCCUAUAGCCUCACCUACUGCCAGGAGCGCACGCCCGACGGGCAGUAUGUCUACAGGCUGGAGCCGAACGUGGAGGAUGUCUGCCGCUUUCCCGAGCUGCCCACCCGCAAGCCCCUCACCUACCAGGCCAAGCAGCUCAUUGCCCGCGAGAUUGAAGUGGAGAAGAUGCGGCGGGUGGAGGCCUUGGCCCGGGCUAGGGUUGGCCCCCAGGUGGACGGGGGUCCCCUGGGGGGCACUGGGGAGAAAGGGGCGCAGCCAUCUGCCCCAUGCAGCCACGAGCAGCGGCUGGAGUGCAUCCUGAAGAGAGCUGCCCUGGAGGAGCAGCCUGAGAGGGACUUCUUCGGUCGUGUUGUUGUCAAGAGAGCAGCAGCCCCGAGCACAGAGCACGCAGCCCCUGAGACUGACACGGCCGAGCAGCGCAUGGGCACCGCGGUGGGCAGGAGCGACGUCUGGUUCCGCUUCAAGGAGGGCGUCUCCAACGCCGUGCGGCGCAGCCUGUACAUCAGGGACCUGCUGUAGCCUGGGCCACGCCAAGCCCCCAGGAUCCAUGCUGCCACCCUGGGCUGUGCUAGAUACUCUGACCCACACUUGACGUCCCCAGGAUCUAUGCUGGACACCAUGGGGGCCGUGCUGGACCCCCACCCCCCACCCCCCGUCCAUGCUGGACACUCUGGGGUUGUGCCAGACACCCUGGAUCCACACCGGACACCCUGAAGCCACACCAGACGUCCCCAGAUACACACUGGGUGCCUGGGUGUUGCUUUUUCUCUCCUAGAAAAUGUACAAAAGCAUGUACCUCCUUGAAAACUCUUUAUAAAAGUCA